AAUCGUUUAUGAACAUCCGGAAUUAUUUUUUUUUUGUGUUUUUCCCCCAGCAAAAAAUAAUAACAUUACAGAUAAGACAGAUAAGACUAAACUGGAAAACAAGUAUCAUUAAUACGCCAGUGCGAUAAAGUUGUGUUGAUAGUAUGAUUUGAUACUGAAACGCAGUUGAAAAUGGCAGGAAACUUCUGGCAAAGUUCUCAUUUCCAACAGUGGGUGUUAGAUCCACCAGAACUGUUUAAGAAUAGACAGGCUGAUUUAAAUGUUUUAACUGAGGAUGGGUACCAGAAGAUAAUGAUAUUUUUUGCAAACUUUAUUCAGUCUCUCGGGGAACAGCUAAAAUUGAGACAACAGGUUAUUGCUACAGCAACGAUAUACUUCAAAAGAUUUUAUUCUAGAAACUCGCUGAAGUGUAUUGAUCCAUGGCUUAUGGCACCAACAUGUGUAUUCUUGGCUUCUAAAGUAGAGGAAUUUGGUGUUAUAUCAAACACAAGGUUAAUCAGUACUUGUCAAGCAGUAGUGAAGAACAAAUUCUCUCAUGCACAUCCACUAGAAUAUCCCUACAGAAUAAACUUAGUGCUAGAGUGUGAAUUUUAUUUACUGGAGAUGAUGGAUUGUUGUUUAGUACUGUACCAUCCCUACAGACCUUUAACAGAGUACUUUAAAGAACUACAGCAAGAUGAAUCUCUCUUUCCAUUGGCUUGGAGAAUAGUAAAUGACAGUCUUAGAACAGAUGUGUGUUUAACAUAUCCACCUUAUUUGAUAUCUUUAGCAUGUUUACAUAUAGCAUGUGUUAUACAACAGAAAGACCUGCGACAGUGGUUAGCUGAAUGUAAUGUAGAUAUGGAUAAGAUUCUUGAAAUUUCAAGACAGAUUUUGGCUUUGUAUGAGUUAUGGAAAAGUUAUGACGAGAAAAAAGAAAUUGCAGCUAUUUUAGAAAAAAUGCCAAAGCCAAAUACAAGUCCAACACCAACGUCUGCUCAAGAUGGAAGUCAACAAUCACAAUCUGUACAGUGAUUGGAGGAUUGAUUCUAAUUUAUUCCUGAACUUUUACCCAAUGAUGAAUGUUCAUUGAAAUUAUAUCACAACUACGAGAACCAUUGGACAAGUGCAUUAUAAUAAAAUUUGUAAUUUACUUUAUGAGGUUAUGUUAACAUCAGGGUCUUUUCAAUGGUUCUAGGUAAUUGCUUCAAUAAGUAAAUAUGUUUUGUACUGUUCAUCAAUAUGUUGUGAAGUAUUGUAUUUUGAAAUUAAAAUUUGAUCCAACAAUUGAAAAUUUCUAUGAACUAUAAAAAACUAUUAUCUUUAGGAUGGAGAGACCAGAAAAAUGUCAGAGAAAUACAGAUAUUUUCCAUAUUAUGAAGUAAGAUUAAAAAAAUGUAUUUGUGUAGGAAUGCAAAUUUAUCAUUAAAAAAUGUAUUAAAUAAACUCACAUUACAUGA